AAGCAACUCUGAGUGAGUUUUUAAUAUGCUUAUUAAACUGCCUUGUUUACCUUUUAGAUUUUGUGUUGAGCCAAGCGUAUAUGUAUGUCUUGGUAUUGGUCCAAGGAUCGAAGGUAUUCAUGUCGAUUUAGUAGUGUUCAAGUUAAAUCCUAACAAAUACUGUACGGAGGUAUCCAAGCCGACUGGCUGUAUGGCUUGGUUUGCUUAGCCAAUUCGACGGAAUAAUUAAUUUAAUUGGUUGUUUCUUAUGAGCCGUGAAUGUUUUGUGAGUGUUUUAUUUCUCUAUCAUUUUCAGGCAUUUGCGUUGGGUGUUUAGCAGAUUAUCUAGCUUAAGUUAGUCAAUUGUCUUCGUAACGAACGAUGGGUGAUGUUACUAAGUCGUUUCUUUAUACAUGGUGCGGCAAAAAUGGCUGUCAACCUCCAAGCUAUCAGGUUAAUCCGACAGGCCCAAAACAUAGACAGCGUUUUCUAUGUGAGGUACGGGUAGAGGGGUUAGAAUACACCGGAGUUGGAAAUUCAACGAAUAAAAAGGAUGCACAAACCAAUGCUGCUAAAGACUUUCUUCAGUUUUUGGUGCGAGAAGGUCGCCUGUUGCAAAAUGAAGUGCCUAUGGAAAUGCCCACCGGGGGAAGUAAUGCGUCGCUUUUUGGGGGUGGGCAACAGGCCACACCUCGCUGGAAUGCACCUCGCGAAGCCCCGAAGCAUAGUGCUGGACCCUACCGCGGAGGUAUGGGCGAAGCCUACGUCGAACGAAUGCUACAGCAAAACAAGAAGAACCUUGAGGACGCUGAGGAUCUGGACGUGAACGCCGAGAUACACGGCAACUGGACGAUUGAGAACGCCAAAAGUAAGCUGCAUCAGUACAUGCAGAUGAACCGUAUUACAGCCGAUUACAACUACAGAAAUAUUGGCCCAGCCCAUAAUAUGAGCUUCAUAGCCGAAUUAACUAUAUUUAUCCGGAGACUAAACCGUUCUUUGACUGCCCGUGAACAAGGAUCAAACAAACAGACGGCAUCAAAGUCCUGCGCACUUUCAAUGGUUCGUCAACUUUACCACCUUGGGGAAAUCGAACCCUUUUCAGGCACAUUAAAGAAGAAGGAAAUAACAGCAAUGAAAGAAUUCGAGUUCAACAUAGACCCUGAGCUUGUAUGUGAGGUGAAUCAAGUGGUAAAAAUGUUAGAUCUUCCACUGAAUGUACCCGAUAAGCCACCUGUUUCUAAUAAACCUUUUACCAUCAGAGCGAAGCAGGUUACUGAAGUGCCAAAGUGUAGAGGCCAACCAGAGGGCGUAGUCGGGUGGUCGCCACCAAUGGUGAACUGGAACCCUUGGCUUCAACAAAAUCUCGAUGAGCAUCGUUUUGCUACAAUGACUAUGGAACAGAUCUCAAAGGAAAUGCUCGAGGUAUAUAAUAAUCAGCUGGACAAUCCGGAACUGCGCCAGAUGAUCCAGAAACGAGAACAACUGCCUGUGUAUCAAUUCUAUGAUGCGCUCCUUGACGCCAUUCAUGCGAACCCGGUUACAAUUGUGCGCGGCAAUACUGGUUGUGGCAAGACAACGCAAGUGCCCCAGUAUAUUCUAGACUCGUUCGUCAAUGUCGAAGAUGGCGCCCAGUGUAACAUCGUUGUUACUCAACCACGUCGUAUUUCGGCUAUUUCUGUAGCAGAGCGGAUUGCUGAGGAGCGCUGCGAACAACUUGGUGAAAGCGUAGGCUAUUCGGUUCGUUUUGAGUCGCUCCUUCCUAGACCGUACGCUUCUAUCCUUUUCUGUACGGUUGGGGUACUGCUCCGUAAGCUUGAAGGUGGGCUACGAGGUGUGAGCCACGUCAUUAUCGAUGAAAUCCAUGAACGGGACAUCAACACAGAUUUCCUCAUGGUGGUAAUUAGGGAUAUGGUAAGAAAGCACCCACAGUUACGUGUUAUACUCAUGUCGGCGACAAUUGACAUCACAUUGUUCCAGGAAUAUUUUGGUAAUAACGUUCCAGUUGUUGAGGUGCAGGGUCGCGCUUUUCCCGUACACCAACUGUUUCUCGAGGACACCAUUGAUCUGCUGAAAUGGAAGCUUCCGGCAGACGCGCGAAAAAAGCGGAAAAAUAAAAGCGGUAGUGGUGGAGGCGGCGACGAUGACGAUGAUGACUUUCCUGGAGAUGAACCUGACGAAAACUUAAAUAAAGUGGCCGAUCCGUCAUUUGGGCCCCAAGUGGCUGCCGCUAUGUCUAUGAUCGACGAGCGUCAAAUUAGCUUUGAGCUCAUUGCGGACAUAUUGAGGUAUUGUAAACAACAGCAGGCAGAUGCUGCGGUAUUAGUCUUUCUGCCUGGAUGGAACAUGAUCUUUGCCCUCCUAAAACACCUCGAAGCAGAUCCCGUAUUUGGAAACAAAGAUAACUUCACGAUCUUGCCACUGCAUUCUCAAAUUCCAAAAGAAGAUCAAGGUCGAGUGUUUCGGCCCGCUUUGCCUGGUUGUAUGAAAGUCAUUUUAUCAACUAAUAUUGCUGAAACGUCGAUUACGAUCAACGAUGUGGCCUUCGUUAUAGACACGUGUAAGGUUAAAAUGAAGAUGUUCACAGCGCAUAAUAACAUGACAAACUAUGCUACAGUGUUUGCAUCAAAGACAAACUUGGAGCAGCGAAAAGGUCGGGCCGGUCGAGUUCAGGAGGGCAUGUGCUUCCAUCUAAUUAGCCGGGAGCGUUUUAAACGUCUAGAUCAAUACAGCACCCCCGAGAUCUUCAGAACACCUCUACAUGAACUGGCACUGUCCAUCAAGUUGCUUAAACUUGGUGAGAUUACACCAUUUCUUAAUAAAGCAAUGGAACAGCCUCCAAUUGAUGCUGUUGUUGAAGCCGAAGUAACACUUCGGAAUUUGGGUGCUCUCAGCGCGGAUGGCUCACUUACCAAACUGGGUGAAAUACUCGCACGUAUGCCAAUCGAACCCCAACUGGGGCGAAUGAUUGUGUUGAGCGUUAUAUGCGGUUGCGCAGAUUCGUUGCUAACUAUUUCGGCUAAUAGUUCGACGUUUCCAGAGCCUUUUGAAACCCCCUUUAGGGGCCGGCUGCAAUAUCUGCAUCGCAAAUUCUCAGGUGGUGCAUAUUCAGAUCACUUGACAAUGCUCAAUGUGUAUCAGCAGUGGGAGCAGGCACGAUUACGCGGAGGAGAGACUCAAGAACAGAAUUUUUGCGAUCAGUGGUCUGUGUCACUACCGACUAUGCGAAUUACUCACGACGCUAAGCAGCAAUUAUGCCAAAUACUCGUGAAUGCUGGCUUUCCAGAAGAAGAUUUUCAAUGUCCCAUUUAUAAUUUUAAGGGAGAAGAUAAAGUACUGGAGGUCGCCGUGGGACUGCUCAUUGCAGGCCACUACCCGAAUAUCUGCUACCAUCAGGAGAAGCGCAAAGUUCUGACAACUGAAGGAAAAUGUGCUCUUGUCCACAAAACAUCGGUGUGCAAUUCCCUCCAGCAGAAAUCGGGAUUUCCAUCACCAUAUUUCAUUUUUGGCGAAAAGGUUCGUACGCGCGCAGUCUCUUGCAAACAGAUGACAAUGGUAACGCCGCUACAGAUUCUUCUAUUCGGCGCCCGAGAAGUAAUCGCUACCAGCCCCAACACUGUGGUGGUGGACAAUUGGAUUGCAUUCAAAAUGGACGUACAAUUGGCUGCAGCUAUUGUAGCCCUAUAUGAGCCCUUCAAUUAUCUUCUACAUCGUGUAGUUGAAGACCCAGAAUUAUUGGGCCAAUUACCUGAGAAUGACAUGGCUCUCAUAAACGUUGUUAAACGUUUGUGUUAUUUCGGUUCGUCUGGAUUGGACAUCCCAGCUGGUGGCGUUGGCUUCCUAAGCCAAAACGAAGUCGGCGAUGGGCCACCACCAAUUAAAACGGCCCGGCUUUCGCCUGCGGUGGCUAUGGGCCGAAUUGGUUUCGGAAAUGGUUACGGUAAUGGACGUCCUGGCGGAUAUAGCGGGUCAAUAAAUGGCAACAAUAAUAUGGGAAAUCGUUUUGGGUCUUCGGGGGGCUUCCGCGGCGGUGGCUUCCAGGGUCACAAUAAAAGGGGUGGUUUCCAGGGAAAUACAAAGGACGGAGCUGGUGGCUUUGGUGGACGUGGAGGUGGUGGUUUCAGGGGGAACAAUAGAGGUGGCUUUGUUGGAGGCUUCCGACUUGGAGGUUUUGCUAGUGGUAGUGGUAAUCUAGGUGGUGGUGGUUUCAGGGGAGGCUACGGUAAAUCGCGUGGCAGCUUUCUAAAUAGCUUUUCAUCGUCAAGAGAUAACUUCUAGAACAGUUUUUUUUUUUUUUAGAGAAUGAUGUAAUAAUUCUAUGGUAUAUGGAAGAGUGUGCCCGGUGACUCAAAUGACUAAACCUAUGGCUAGGGAAUCCAAAGGUCGCUACUGUUUCAGCUCCGCCAAUGACAUGUAUGACACGGCGGAUAAUAGUAGUGAAUAGAACUGAAAUCCCUUUACGGCAUCUGUGUCGAAUUGUAUUAAGGGUUGAUGUUGUGUUUGAUAUUGUCACGUUAACACUGUAAUCCUUAUAUACGAGAAAAAAUAAGUACUAUUUGUCCGCCCUUCGCGAGCGAAUGCAUCCAGGAAUUGGGAACGCAGUAUUCUUUUAAUACAUUCUCCUGCUGCAAAAGCAAGCAACGCAGUUAUGUUGCCUCUUGUGCGGCAAAAAAAUCCAAAGUGCAGCAUCAUAAUUUGUUUGCAGGUCUGUUGCCUACGUACAGGACAGCGCGAUCUACCUCUACCUAUAAAGAUAGACAUGCUGUGCUAUGUGUACUGAUUAUUGAAUAUCGCGAAGGAUGGACGUUUCUACGUGAGUUCCGUUUGAUUUAUGAUCACAGCAAGAGCAACUGGGAAAUUUAGGUGCUUAUGUUGUGAAAUCGUUAUGAAUGCUCUGUGCGUGUGUAAAAUACUUUGCAAGAGCAGAAAGGCAUUGUGACGAGACAAUAGCAAACUAAUAAAUUGAAAUAUAAGUGGUGUAGCAGCGCACCCCGAUUCUUAAUCGUCGUGGGCUGCUCCAUUUAAGUCCUACAUGUAAUUUAAGUAUUCUUGAGCAGUACUUUCAGCUCUAGAAUACUUAUUAAUAUAUCGCUUGUGACGCUUAUGGCCAGUGGUGUGUGUUCAGCAAGAAGACAGCAAUUCUUUGUUUGUGAUACUUAACAUAAAAGGUAAGUUUUGCCCAUAUGCCACCUGUUCGAUAAUGUUUCAUAAAUAUACCACGAGGAAAAUAAAACACCGCAGGUAGAUAGGUAGGCAGGCAAACUGGCACAAGCUGAACCGAACCAGUUACUGUUUGUAUUUUUCUUUAUUUAUCAAUAAUAAUAUUUUAUCUGAAGUUCUACUAGUUACAUUUUGUAACUAUAAUAUUCAGUAUCACUUUCUUCGCUUAUACAGUUUUUUUUUUUCGGAAUUCAAAUAGUGUUUAAAAAGAUAUUUCUGUAGCAAAAACCAAUGUAUAUUUAAACAUGAGUUUAGCUCAUGGUUCAUCAUUCAAUAAAAACUAAUUUUUCUAUAUCGAUGCUUUGUGUUUUGCUUUACUUGUUGUAAAUGUUUGAAAUCUGAGAUGAGAUCAACGACGAUUAGAGAUGUGUUUUUAAAUUGACAUAACCAAUAACAAUCUGGCCUAAAAAAAAUAUUUCGCUAUGCGUUACAUAGGUAUAAUUAAAAAAAAAAUAGGAUUGUGAAAUUUACUUAUCGAGCACAGGCUAGACAAACAUAUUUUUACAUGGUGUUUUUUUUCAAUGAAGCAAUUAUCACAGCCCGAACCCUUCCUCUACUUUGAAAAUUAUUAGUGUCACGUUGAAAACGUUUAUAAAAGCAAAGCAAGCUGAAA